UCCGGAAUUAGUUCCGUUCAAGAAUCAGAUGUACAAUAAUAAAAAUAAAAAGGUUUUAGACAACAUGCCAGGGUUUGGCCUGUUCCUUGAUUUUUGACGAAUUUAAGAAUAUAUCUGCAGUGACCCUCGAAAAAUAAUAUUUGCUUCCAUUUUAAAAAGAGAACCAAAUUAAGUUUGUUAUUGAAAAAUCAUUCAAUUUUAAGACAUCAUGCCGAAGAAAAUGGGAAUCAACUCAAAGGCCGCGGAGGCGCGAGAGCGAAAGGAGGCUACAAAGAAAGCGACACAGGAAAAGAAGGCCCGGGAGGCGGAGGACCGACUGUGGAAAGACGAUGACAAGAACUUAGCCAAGAAGCAACAGCGAAAAGACGACGAGGAACGCAAGCGGGUGGAAGCUGUCAGACGGAAGGCUGAGUCCAAAGCUUUGCUUGACCAGGAAAUGAGUUCCAUCAACACCCAGCGCAAGCAGCCACUGGCUAAGAUAAACCGCCAGGCGAUCCUCGAGGAAAUGGAAAAGAAGCAACGUGUAAUCGACGCCAUCAACGAAGCUAACAAGCCGGCGGCGACUCGAGUAGUGGUCCAAAACCCAGUCGUUGAGGAGAACCUCAACCGCUCCCUGGCCGAUACCGAUGUGGCCACAAACAUUGACCAGGCUUUGGUGGUGCUCAGUGUAAAUGACGAAGAGGAUAAGCAUCCGGAGAAGAGAAUGCGUGCCGCCUACAAGACUUUCGAAGCUAACAAUCUACCCCGCAUUAAGGCCGAGAACCCUUCGCUCCGCAUGUCACAAUGGAAGCAACUCCUUAUGAAGGAGUGGAACAAAUCCCCCGACAACCCUUUUAACCAGGCACGAUAAGAUCCUACAUACACCGGCUAAUUUGAUGAGAGACCGAACUCUAGUGACUGGUUGCUGCCCAGCAGCAAACAAACAAAUCAAACGGAUCGUAUUCAAAUUUGGAUUAUAAGCUGGAUUUAGUUUCUACCUAAAGUUGAGCGAAGAAUAAAUUUAUUUAUUUAUUAA